AUGUCUCUCCACUCGAAUGCCGCCUCUCGAUCGGUCUUUCCCAAGGGCCCGAGUUUCACCCUUGAGGAUUUCUCGAGUCGCGACUACAUUGUCAAGGAGUUUAUCGAAGCUCUUUCCGAUUCCGCAAUUUCAAGCCGCCGUUCUUCGCUUGGCCCUGCAAAUGGAAACCAGCCCUUUGACCCAAAGCCCCUCAUUCGGACUUUCGAACAUGCACAGCGCCGUCUAGGGGAAUUGUCAGGGGAUCUGGAAAUAAGAGAGAAUGAGUUGUCGGCAGCUGUCCGUAGGGCUGAAGCUCAGCAUUCCCAGAACCUCAAUAUACUAGGACGGAAGCUGAAGCAAGCAAUUGAGUCGUUUCAACAGCUGGAUACAUCAUUUCAGAGCGCUGGACCUGGCGAUACUGCUUUAGGCAGCGGAAAUAUGGCUGUGGAAACGGGAAGGAGGCUGGAAGAACUUGAUCGACAGAGACGCCGCGCGCUCGAUGCUCACUUUCUGCUCGAAUGCUGGGAUGGUGUGAGUAACAGGGGAGAAAUCAUUCUUUUGGAGAAUCUAAGGCGAUCAGGGUCAGGUGAAGCAAAGGUGCGGUCAGCACAUAUUGCACGGCAACUCCUCAGGAUUAGUCAAAGACUUGACCCAAAGAGCUGGAAUGAGUCCAGGAGCACUGAGCCGUACAAUGACGGACAUCUGGCACCAAACAGCAACAAUAUGGAAGGGACUAAUGGGUUUCGAUGGAAUACGCGCGAAAUAAUCGAAAAAUUCUCCGAGACGCUGGAAAAAGACCUUUUGAGGCAGUUUGAUGAUUUUUAUCGUAAGGCUAACUUUGAAGGUAUGAAGGAUUGUGCUACUGUUCUCCAGGAUUUCAAUGGCGGGGCGAGCGUUGUUGCACUAUUUGUGAAUCAACACCAAUUCUUCAUUGAUAGGAGCCAAUUAGUCACUGAGGAAGUUGGCGGAGAUCCGGAGUCAUGGGAGAAACUUGCCGACCCAGAUGCAGAACCCUCUGGAGUUGAACCGAGCCUCCAAUCUCUGGUUGACGAAGUCAGGGUUGUGGUACAAGAAGAGUCAGCUAUCAUCCGGCGGGCUUUCCCAAAUUAUGAGCAGGUUCUUGGAAAAUUCCUACAGCGGGUAUUCCAGCAAUCGAUCCAACAAAGGCUAGAGAUGGUUUUGGAAAAGGCAAAUAGUGUUUCAUCACUAGCUUUUCUCCGAUCUCUGCAAAGCUCUCGCAGCUGCAUCAGUACCCUAGUCGACGAACUAAAAGCACACGGCUUGACUGAACACCCAGAGACUAUCUCAUCGCAAACAUCGCUUAUCCUCGAUCAACAGCUGGAGGACUUGUUUGUGCCCUACUUUGUUGGGUCUUCUUACAUCGAGAGGGAGAAGAGGACAUUGGAGGAGCUGUACACUUCUUUGCUCUUCAAGUUCACCACAUUCCACGGUCGUAGGAAGAAAGCGGCAACAACUUUCAUGGCCUCCCUCUCCAAGUCCGGUAGCGAGCUUCUUGCGUCAGCUCGAGAAGCAUAUAUAAACCGCCUAGAUUCCUCUGAACAUUCUCCCACACAGAAACGGGUCCUAAUUCAGGUUGCAGAUCUGAAGGAAUCUACCGAUCUCGCACGGCCCAAUGACCUCAUAUUCACCGAGGAAGAUGGGCAACCCAGCAUAUCUUAUGCCAAAAGAAUGCUCAAAUGGCUUGCAGAAGCUGUUGGCAGAGGUCUGGAACUUAACAUGAAUAAUGAAACGCCGAAAGACAUGGCAACAUUCUUGAAUCUUCUCUUAUCCAUCAUGGGAGAAGGUUACCUAGAGGUUUGUCUUGAUGCUGCUUUGGAAGCAGCCGCAACCCAAGAAUCCGGAAGGACUGAACCUGAUUUCGCUUUCCUACGUGCGGUUCGUGACUCGAUCAGUAUCGCAAACUUAAUGCAGCAGGGAGCGUUACCGUUCGUCGAGAGAUGGAAAAGAAGACCAACCUGGCAACUUCAGAAGAAAAAUGAUUUCCGGCCGAAGGAGGGCGACAGUACGGCUUGGUUAGAGAAGUUACAGACACCGACAUGUGCGUCACUAUGUGCAUUCCUAGCGCGGGUUCACGAUGUUGCUGUGAGCUCUCUACCAGCUAGCGGCGCCAACCUGCCGCAGCUUCUCUCAGAAAUCGCCCUUGGAACUCGCAGCCUUCUUCUUGAGCAUUUCAAGCGGUUUGUUGUCAAUGGUCCUGGUGGACUCAUGGUUACAAAGGACAUGACGCAGUAUGCCAACCUGCUUAAGUCAUGGGAGAUAGAUGAACAGAUACGGGCUCCGAGUGGGAUGCUCGACGUGCUACUUGAAGUUGGGAGCCUUUUCGUUAUUGGGCCGGAGGCUCUGCGGGAGAGGAUGCGCGGACCUGGAGGUUCUUCCAGUGGAAAAACCAGCAGCAAUCCCGGGGCAACCUCAGCUCGAGGCCCCGGAGUGACUAGCACUGAGGCUGGACUGAGCAUACAGGAUGUUAGAGCUUAUGUUUUCCGCAGAGAGGACUCGAACACGCCUGCGAUGCAACAAAUGUUGACUAAUGCCUUAUGAGUUACGGACACAAAUCUUACAAUCAUACUAAUGUCAGCCUUGGGUUCAAUGUGGGAUGGCCUCUAUACUGAUUGAGAUUGGUCAAGCACAAACUCCAAGGGCAUUCUACUAAUCAGCAAGGGAAGUCAUAGCAGUACAAGUAGAAAAGAGUAGUUCAACUAUGUCAGGCCUAAA